UCCGCAUCCUCCACCGGAGGGUAGCACAGGACGCGAUCAGACGCGAUUGGACGCGAUCGCGAAACCCUGCCUGACCCUGCAUGCACCUGCCCGUGUGCAAUCUCCCAACACAUCUUUGUUACAUACUUGCAUAUGAAUUAUUAAUAAAAGAACAGUUUUUAUCGAAGUCAUAUAAAGUGAGGGUAUAUUUGGUCCGGCAUGGUUUAUACGUUUGCUAGUUGAAGAACUCGGAAGUGAAAAUGUUUAUAUUUUUAAGAUAUUUUCUCUAAUUAUCCAAACCUUAAGGAACAAGUUUACUUGUAAUAAACAACUAAGUACAGUGGGAGCAUAUGAGAAUCACUUUGUGAGAUAAUUCGUGAAGAUUUGUCAUUUAGAUUACCAUAAAGUUUCAUCACAAACCUCCGUGUUUGCCAUGAAUUAAUGUAUUUUUAAGAUGAAUCAAUUAACACGCAGUAAAAGAUUUCUUAUUAACUGGACGAGCUUCUGUUAAAAUUGAUUUAAAACAUAUAUUGUCCAAAAUGGAUUUAUUUAAUAUCAGGAAGAAAGAAAGAGGAAAACAAUCAAAUGGUUUGAAUAAUCUGUCAUUUUCGUUCAACUUAGACUUUGAAAAUAUGAAAACUGACGAUUCCUCGGAUUCGGAAAGUACAGAAUUGCAAAUAGAUAUAUCCGAAGUAGACAACUGUGAGCCUCCUACUAGGCACAAAAGAGAUACAAUGGAUGAAAUAACGGUACUAAAUGAGAUGGAAGAGGAAAUCGAAAGACAACUGGAUGCAAAGGCCGCCAAAACUAAUUUAACUGCCACAAAUGUAAAGAACAUUUUAAAACAUGUUAUUACAAAUGAACAUGUAAUGGCUAUGGUGCAAAAGAGGUUACACAAUUCGGAUGAUGACAUAAUAUUUGAACCCAAGCUUACCCGAGCAAAAGCAAAGGAAUUGGCCAUGACUCAACCCGAUAUACCGUGGCCAAUGACUCCUGUUAAAAAAACAGCACCAUCCGAGGUACAAGUAUUAAUCGAAGAAGAGCUUUCUGAAGAUUCAUCGGAUGAGGAAUACAAUCCAGAUCAGGAUCAGCAAAGCGACGAUGAGAGGGAGGCCGAAACCUCGGUUGGCAGUGACGCGGAGUCACAGCCAUCCACUCCAGCUACUUCUAUGGGUCAGAGUACAUCUUCUGAACAGUUAAAAGUGUCAGAUACACGGUAUGAUUCUGAUGGAAUUUUUAAAAUUCCAAGCAUUACAAUUACCAAUACCGUUUCCAGCAUUCCUCUUGUACCAACUGAAGAAGAGAGUAUUGGGCAAAGGACACGGUCUAAAUUGUGUUUAAGCGAAACCCCAUUAGAGCACAUUGAACAAGCAUUUGUGCCUCCUGAUAUCACGACAGAUAUGUAUGACUGGGACUGUGAUAACGACGAAGAUUGGGAUAACUUUUUAAAAGAAUUCACACAGCCCCUUGCCCAAGAACCUGUCGCCGAAGAUGAUCCUGACGCUGAUCCUGAGUAUAACAUUUUGGAGGAUGAAGAAACGGAAUUACUUGACAAAGAAGAACUGCGAAUGGAUAGGGCUGUCAAAGUUACUCGUAGGGAAUUGAAUAAUUUAGUUGCCGAACUCUUUGAAUUUGCUGAUAUGUUCUCUAAAGAGGAACAAGAGAUUCCCAGAAAGAAGAAAAAUUCCGAUACUUUGGUCUCAUCUAUGGAAAGUACAUCAAUGAACAAUUCAAUGGUAGAUCUUCUACCUGCUUUAGCCGAACGUGAAUUACCAAAAUUGGUAAAUGUCGAACAGCGCUUUUUGUUGGCGACUCAAUUUCGUCAGCACGUACAACUUAUGACGCAACAUUUUGCGAUGACGUAUAUGCAUCCAGAGUUUCAUUCUCAGUCAACAACGUGCAAGCAAAAUUUACACAGUAUACGAUAUUUGAGCAACGGUUCAAAUUCUGCGUUCAAUGUUGAAAAUUUGCCGGAUGCUUUGGCAUUAGUUGCUGCUUGGGAAAAGAAAUUUUUGGACCCAAAAUUCAAAGCGGAAUAUAUAGAUAUGAUUGAAGAUGAAGACGGAAUUGGAAAAGUUUAUGCCAAUUACAGCUGUAAAUAUAUUCCCAAGUUCCACCCGGAACUGGAGAAACUCCUUAUGGAGUGUAAGGCUCUAAUAUAUCCGCAGCUUUUACCAGAAAUGCCGCCUAGAUGUAACUUACAUAAGUGUGUGAGGUUAGCGUAUUUAAAAUCGGAAGAAAACCUGAUUGCACUGGGUUUGGAACAAUUUCUACCUUUUGUAGCAUCCAAGAAUAGCAAAUUCAAAACAAAUACAACACAGCUCAGAGAUGCUGUGCAUUUGAUUAUGCAAUAUUUAUUGCCUACUAGAGAAAUGAAUGGCAUACUUUUCCAAAUUAAGAAAUGCCGUUCUUCCGCACAAGAAAAUCCAAUUAAGUAUUAUUAUGAGACUGGAUCUGCACCCAGAACCGUACAUUAUAUUACACGUGAUUGCCAAUUGCGUGCCCCUAAGGAUCAAUCACUUCAGUGUUUAUCACGUAAAUGGCAAGACUGUCUCAAUGGAGUGAAACAAGAUGAAUGUUCUACAAGAUACAAAAAAUAUGCGGGACUUUAUAGAGAUUUAAAAGAAGAACGAAAUUAUGCCGCUAACCGGCUAGAUCCUAUUCGCAUCGAUAGGAAUUUACGUAAUCCAAUAGUAAAUAUGUUGUCCAAUACAGUGUCUCUGAAAAAAAAUCGUAUAGUUAACAAUAGCGGGAAGAAAAAUGUUGCCGAAAACGUCCAGAAACAAGAACCGUCGGAUACUAAAGAGUCAACAAUAAAUCAAAAUUCCGUGACGGCGAUGAAAUGUUUAAAGAAUGAUAUGAAAUUCGAAACUUGUCAUUCAUCUGUAGAAAGCUUAUCGUCGAACUGUAAUAAAAUUUAUCAGAAAAAAGACAAUGUUACGACGACAGAAGUGGAAAGGAAAACGAUUGGUAGUAAAUCAGAUGAACCGAUAGAUGUUACGAGAAUACCCCAAUUAAGAAAAACUACUGCGCGGUUGGCGAAGAUUCAAAAUGCACAAAAUACGAAAAUGACGGCCCCAAUUCCUAAUUCGAAAGACUUAUCUUUAACCUGUAGUCCAUUAAGGUCUUCAGAUAAGUGCGGAUCGCCUAAAGACAUUGAAGAAUCGUCUACUUCGUCAAAAGGAGAUAACGAAGAUGAAAUAGCUGAGUUAAUGCUAGCCAGUACGACAAUAAAGAAAGAUACGGCCAGUAGAAGGAAAGCUAAACAGGCUCGGGAAUUAGAAAAUAUAAAAAGGUUGUUGGAAGCUGAAAGCGAUUUAAGUCAGGAAGAUAAAGCAACAAAAUUUGCAGCAUCAUACUUCCAAAAAUUACAUUUGACGUUGGAAUCUACGAAUCCAGAUACUUUUAAAGCUGUGAUAAAGACAUAUUUAGACUAUAACGACAAGCUUGAUGCUAUUAAUCAAGUGGACAUUGAGGAAUUUCCUCAUGACGAAUCGGAUGCAUUAGGAAAGGAUUCGAAACGAGUAAACAGCAGUGUCAUAAAAGACAAACUAGCCAUUGAUCUCUAUAAGGAAAUUUGUGAAAAAUUAGUAGGCUAUCCAGAAAUGUGCACGGAUUGCUUACUUUUCUUAACGCCGCAUCAGGCUGCUCUAAUCGACAAGUCCGUCGAGCAUUUGAUGUUGCAAAAAAUGAGCGAAUUUGUGAAUGUUGCUCAAAUAUAUUUCGCCAAACAACCUUCUCGCCUUGCUAAAGUAAUGCAGGCAAUUACUCAAUUGGCUUCCGAUCCGUAUGUAACAUUGGAAAAAGCAUACGCGGUGAUGGGUCCGGUAUUAAAGGGCCACCCUCUCGUGAUGGAUAUGUUUUUACAGGUACUUCCCAAUGGAAAACCACCGGAAAGUUUGUUCGCGUCGCAUUUGUUUGAGAACUUAACUUGUCCUUUGGGACCUCACGAUAAGAAUAAAGUGUAUACAGAAGAUGCACCCGAAUUAUAUGAAACCGUUGAAAUGUCUGCACCGACAUCCCAGGACGAUCCCUACGGCGGGGAAAACUGUAAAUGCGAAUGCCACACCUUAGACAACCCAAGUUUAAAAAUUGGAAACGAACACUGCGUAUCGUGUGGUACCAGGUUUCUGAAUGGCAGAAUUUAUUUACAAACCUCGGAAGGAUUGAGGCCUGCCAAAGUCACAUUUCCUGGGGACGACGAGGAGAGGUUGGAAAACAUCGCCCGUGUUUCGAUGAAGACGACAGAGAGAAUUCUUCCAGUUUCCUCGACCAGACGGCGUAGAAAAUCAUUGAAGAAUGAAACCAGUCUUGAAGAUUCGAAACAGUUGACAUUAAAGCAUUCCCCGACUAAAGACAGUGACGAUGGCGACAGAAGUAUACCUAGAUCGAGAAAAGGUGCCAAAUCGCCGCCGAAAGCUUGCGAACAGAGGAAAUCUACUAAAACUACAGAUACAACCGAUCAAAGCAAAAAUUCUAGUAUUACUGCUAAUAAGAAAAUAUCCUCCCCAAUAAAAGUAAAACGCGAAAAAAGGAUCGAAAAAAGGGAAACGAGAGUAGAAGCGGUGAGCGGUGCUAGUUGUGAAGUAAGGUAUAGCGAUCAUCCACAAGUCAAUGAAGAUACAUCUAAAGCAUUGGACAACGAUGAAAAGGAUGUUGGACAGCUUAGAGAAAGCAUGAAUUAUGAUUCCCCAUUAACCGAACCUGAUGAAACUGAAGGAAAUGUUAGUCUAGAAAAAAUGGACAUUUCCUGUGACUCGGAUAAUGCUGAAUUUCUUGAAAUUCAAAGUGAAACUCUCGUUCGACCUUGGACUAGGCAGGAAGAUAUGAUACUUUUGCAAAGUAUCCAAAGAGAGUACUCGGAUGAUACAUUUCUGGAAGUAACCAAAAUGCUGGAGAAUCGAACCAUUAAACAGGUCAAAGAACGUGCUGAGACUUUACUUUCAUUGUUGGAAAAGGCAAUGUAAAAGAGUAAGAUUAUAAAAAUUGUUAAAUAAACUCGCUUAAAAAUGAAACUUUGUUACGGUAGCAGCUGACCAACGUUCAUAUUUACUUUGUAUCAGACAAUAUUUGUGCAUACACUGGUAGA